AUUUUUCUUCAUCAAAUGAAGGUCAAGUUCAGGUAUAAAAGAACAGGGGAAGCAUUCGUUCCUUUGCAAAAAUGUAACUCACUGCAGUCAUGAUUAGGUUUUUGGUGUUGACAAGCCUCGCAGCCAUCGUGCUGGCAGAGGACCAGCCCAGGUAUCUGGAGGACAGGCAUGAAAGGGUUCACGGAGGUGAGGUGGCCAGUCCCAACUCUUGGCCCUGGCAGAUCGCUCUUCAGUACCUGUCUGGUGGUAGCUACCUCCAUAAAUGCGGAGGAACACUCAUUACAAGAGACUGGGUGAUGACUGCUGCUCACUGUGUGGACAGCGACGACACGUGGCGUGUGGUUCUUGGUGAACAUAAUCUCGUCACCGACAGUGGCAGAGAGCAAGUCCUGGAUGUCAGUCAGGUUGUCAUCCACCCUGACUUCGAUGUUUUGACGAAGAUGUAUGACAUUGCCCUGCUGAAACUGUCCUCUGCGGCUUCUCUGAACUCUUACGUUCAGCUUGGAGCUCUGCCACCCUCCGGCGAGAUUCUGCCCAACAACAGCUACUGCUACCUCACCGGAUGGGGACGCACCUCCGCUGACGGUCCCAUCUCUAAUGAGCUCAAGCAGGCCUUCCUUGCUAGUGUGGACUUUGAGACCUGCAGCAGCCCCGACUGGUUGGGCAGCGAUGUGAAGACCACCAUGGUGUGUGCCGGAGGUCUUGAGGACUCUGGAUGCAAUGGUGACUCUGGUGGCCCUCUGAACUGCCUGAUCAAUGGAAAAUACUACGUACAUGGCGUUGCCAUCUAUGCAUAUCCAGGUUGCAACGUUAUCAGGAAGCCCACAGUCUUCAGUCGUGUCUCUGCCUACAUUGACUGGAUGAACUCGGUUAGUAUGAAAAAUGUGUUUAUCUAG